UCGGUCUGAAACAGAUAAACAGUAAAAAAUGCCGUCUCCUUUUUCUCAAUUCUUGGAGCUGUGAGCAAGCAAGCGAACUAGCUAGCUAGUUAGCAGAAGAAAUGAGCAAAACCAUGGAAGGACUCUAUUCUCUUCUCUAUCUAACCUUAGUCUUUACAAUCCUCUUCACUCUACACACCCAGGUUGCUCACAAAUUACUCGUAGGCUACCACCCUCUUCACCUCAAGAAAUCCCCACAUCUCCCUCUCAGGUUCAAUUCUGAUGGCACCUUCAAAAUCCUCCAGGUGGCUGAUAUGCAUUACGGAACUGGGAUGCUGACACGGUGUAGAGAUGUGUUAGCUUCUGAGUUUGAUUACUGUUCUGAUUUGAACACCACUCGUUUUCUUAAGAGGAUCAUUCAAUCUGAGAAGCCUGAUUUCAUUGCUUUUACAGGAGAUAACAUAUUUGGACCAAGCACUCAUGAUGCUGCAGAAUCUCUGCUUCGUGCCUUUGGUCCUGCCAUGGAUUCUGGACUUCCAUGGGCUGCAGUUUUAGGAAACCAUGACCAAGAAUCAACAAUGACUCGAGAAGAAUUAAUGUCUUUCAUAUCCUUGAUGGAUUACUCAGUCUCGCAAACCAAUCCACCUGUGGAUGAUCUCUCUAGCGCCGCUGAAGGAGACGUGACAAAAAAUAUUGAUGGAUUUGGGAAUUAUAACCUCAGAGUAUAUGGUGCUCCAGGUUCCCAUUUGGCAAACAGAAGUGUCCUCAAUCUUUUCUUUCUUGACAGUGGAGACAGAGAGGUGGUUCAAGGAAUUCGAACUUAUGGAUGGAUUAAGGAAUCUCAGCUUCGUUGGCUUCGUAGUGUUUCUAAGGGAUAUCAGGGCCAAAAGCAGGAUAAUAAUCACUUGGAAGAGGCUUCAGUUUGUGCUAUACCCCCUGCAAUGGUUUUUUUCCAUAUCCCAAUUCCAGAAAUUCAGCAGCUAUACACCCAACAGAUUGUUGGAAAGUUUCAGCAACGUGUAUCUUGUUCAUCAAUGAACUCAGGAGUCUUACAGACCAUUAUAUCCAUGGGAGUUGUAAAGGCUGUGUUCGUGGGCCAUGAUCACACCAAUGACUUUUGUGGGAAUUUAAAAGGUAUAUGGUUUUGUUACGGGGGAGGAUUUGGGUAUCACGGUUAUGGAAAGGCCGGAUGGCCACGUAGAGCAAGGAUCAUAUUAGCAGAACUUGAGAAGGGUGAGAAGUCCUGGAUGGGGGUGGAGAGGAUCAGCACGUGGAAGCGCCUUGAUGAUGAGAAGCUGAGAAAGCUUGAUGAACAAGUCUUAUGGCAAUCACACCCGUCAUGCAAGAUGACGUGAUUGCAGGUGUCGAUAAACCAUAUCAUGAUAUCAUCCAUCUGAAUCAUCUGAUCAUGUUGUAUAUUCUCCAUGUUCUGUUUAUGCUAUUGUUUCUUAUUGUUACAAUAACUGAGAAGAUCUCCUUGUGCGCUUGUAACUUGAUGUAACUUAGAAUUAGUUGCAAGUAUUUGCAACUUAAUUUGAAGCAGAUAAGAAAUGCAGGAGACAAUAGUUGCUUUGCUUCGCAA